UAUCGAGAAGCCCAACUUGCAAAAUUUUUAAGUGUAACAGUCUGGAACCGAAUUUUAUGUCCUGCAAUAAUCUUCGCCUUCCUGAUUGUGUUCUUAAUUUUGCAGGUUCCAAACAUGAUUUCACCGCGGUCGGAAAGUCGCUGUUGUGCAAAGUGCGAUGCAGAAUUUUCAUUCAUAUCGAGAGGUACAACGUGCGUGCGCUGUGCGCAACGAUUCUGUAAAAAGUGUUUCGGGAAGUUGCGCAGUGAAGAUAAAUGUAUGCGCAUAUGCGACAUGUGCUUGCGGCAGCAGGAUUACGCCCAAAACAAGGAAAAUAAUUUGCGGAAAAAUGUGAAUCCGCUACAGAUUGGUGCAACAGAAGGGGAAAUACUUUAUGCCAGUAACGUUAGAUUUCGUGGUUCACUGAACAAACCACUGAGGAGGUAUUUUGUUGUGCGCAAGGAUUUCUGCUUAUAUUCUUAUGCAUCGGACAGUGCCGAAAAUGCACUUGCAAUGCUUCCGCUCCCGGGUUGUGAAGUAAAAAUGAGUGGCGAACGGCUUACCUUUACAAUCAAGCAUAUGGAACGGCAAUACACUGUCAGUGUGGAUAAUGAACAAGCACAAAUCAAGUGGAUGGCCGUGCUGGAUCUCGCUUCAAAUGCUGUACUCAGGGAGAAAACUAAUCUGUGA